AAGGUGAACAUUGGUUUUGCAAACAUGUACUAAUAAAACUUUUAAAAUUAAAAAAUAGCAAAAACUUAACUGAUUGUUGUGGAUAAGACAACAGCACUGCUAAUUUUUUUCUUUCCCUUCCAUUUCUCAGUAUUUAUGCAUUAUAGCUAGUGUUCCUCGUCUAGCCAUAAAGAGAGGAUUCCUCUGAUUCAGACAAGUGAACUGACUAAUCACAUGUCAAUUCUAUCCUUCAGUAAGAUGUUUUAUUUACAGACAUGCCUUUGCUUGCUUUUGUUGUUUGUUUUUUAUGCAUUACAUCUGGAAGUACAGUGCAAAGGAAAACUGUGUGGAAGAGCACUUCACACGAAUACUCUUAAAUCCUUUGCCCUUAUAAAUAAAAAUGUAGAAUCUCUGAUUCCUUUCUGUGGUAUCAUCUGCAAGAAAAUGAGGUGACCAGUUCAAUGGCUGAGGCAACAAACCUGUUUACCAUAUUGCACAUGCUUUAAAUUCUCACCAGGACAGAAAAGGGAAAUGACCCAAAAGUCUCAGGCCCCCGGCCACACGCUGCAGGGAGCCUGGCAACCUCUCUGCUCCUCCUCAGGAGCCCGCACCGCACCGGUAACAGCGGGAGGCCUCAGUAGGAGAGCUGGUACACGGAGGCCCAGGCCUGGCAGCCCGUGACGAUCAGCUUGUUGCUGGCGGACACAUCGCAGCGGGUGGUGCAGGAUUUCUCCAGCAGCUGGAACUCCGUGUACCCCGCGGGCAUGCUGUGAAUGGUGGUCAGCUUGUCCGUGCCGACGCUUACCCACCACUGACCAUACGGGGAGAACUUGAGCCCCAGGACGGCGCCGUUCUUGUGCCCCGCCGCGUGCGCCUGGCCCCUGAGGGUGGACUGCAGCCAGUGCUGCCCGCUGGCCAGGCCCACGAGCAGCCAGUCCUCCCAGAGGCUGUGCGACAGGCUCGUGAUCUGAGACUUGAAGAGAUGCUUCUGGGACUUGCGAGCUGCCCUGAGGUCCCAGCACUGCAGACAGCCGUUCAGGCCCCCUGUCCAGACUGUGUCGUCUUUAAUCACCGCGCUGUUGGCCUCACCCUGCCGGCCAGGAAGGUCUUUGACCACGUUCCGAUCCCGGACAUCCCAGAUCCUGACGGUGCCGUUGCUGAAGCCGGCGAAGGCCAGGCUGCCUUUGAGGUCGGCGUCCAGGGCCUGGCAGGAGAGCCCCUCGCAGGGCAGCUGGCUUGGGUUGUGCAAGUCCGGCGCCAGCAGGUCCCAGACAUUCACGCCCGACAGGCCGUGGCCGCCGGCGAAGAGCAUCUUGCCGUUGGGGGCCAGCAUGCAGGUGGACAGGAAGGCGCCCGGGGUCUGGAUGGGCCAAUGCAGGUGGCUCUGGGGGAAGGUGUCCUGGGCCUCCCGGCCGCCCAGCCUCCACACCUUGAGGCCGCCCGGGCCGCAGGUGAACGCGUGGCGCGUGAGGCUGUUUACGGCCGUGGCGAGGACGUGGUGCCCAUGUUGCAGCAUGUGCAGCCUCUGCACCUUGUAGGGCAAGCCCAAGCUCUCGGACUGGCCCCGUGGGGUGCCUGGGCGCAGCCACGUUUCCCCGAAGACCUCAGGGUCCUGGAAUGUGGGCCUCAGGAAUGGGUGGGCUUUUCGGUCCAGGGCCUGCUGCCCUCUGGGGGCCUUGGUGAAGUCCUCCUUGAGGUCCUCCCAGGAGCUGGAGGAGAGCUCUGCCGAGUCAGUUCGCGAAUCCUCCUCUUCCGACUUUGCCUCCAAGUUCAGCAGCGCGGGACCCGCGGCUCCGCGCCCUCCGGAGGAAAUCGCAUCAGCCCCCCGACUCUGCUGGCCCCGGACUGUCGCGCUGGUCCACCUGCGGCCUUUCCACGGGCCUGGCUCCCGCUUUCUGGCGGUCUGUGCUGCCAGCUUGUUUUGACCAGUCCGUGCCGAGACCCGAGACUGAAACCGAAACCGAGCACCGAGCGCUGAACGUCGCGAACCGACCCUGCUGACGAGAGAUCCGGGGACUACGGACCACGAACUCUGACUCAGGUCGUAUGGACAUUAUGAACUAUGUGUGUUGAGAUUGCAGUGGCAAAGAUAUUAUGGGUUGGCAUUACGCUUAUAUAUUACUACUUAUCCUAUUAUUUGCAUUAAUAUGGUCGUGUGUAUGUGUGGCCGAUGAGAGCAGUAAUAAAAACUCUUGUAC